AUGCAGUGGUUCCUGUCGCGGUCGCGGGGAUUAGUGAUCCUGCUGUGCGCCGCUUGGUCGGCAAUCGGAUGCUAUGCCGUCGAGCACUCACAGGCAGCCGAUGCUAUUGAAAAAACGUAUAUCAAAAUAGAUGCUGCUGAGGCAUCAUCUGUUUAUCCCAGCGUCGGCGCCAAUGGCAUGAGGGAGUAUUCGCCUGACAAAGCGCUGACCAAGGGAUCGGGCUACUGGAGCUCGGAAGGCAACCACAAAAAAGAAGUUGUGAGCUGGACAGGAAUAUUGAAGAGUAGGCGUACAGUCGAAGGGAUUGAUAUUAACUGGGCAUACGCACCUGGAAAGGUCUCGGUAUUUGCCAGCUUCGACGGCAAGGAACCUUUUCAAGAGUUAGUACCGUUCGAAGAUACAAACGCUCCAAGCGAUACUUUCGAUCAGCAAAUCGUGUUCCCGCAUCAGACUCGAGUAAAGGCGAUUCGAAUUCUGAUGAAAGAUGCUCGCUACGAAUACUUCGGAAUAAAUCUGGUCCAACUAGUUGGGACAGGGAACCCCAUAAUUCGGAUCCAAAGUGGCAUCACUAGUCCCCAUCAGGACAUGUGUCUCCAAAUCGACGAGCAUGAUGACGUCGUUCUGGACGGCUGCCUUGCUUCCAUUCCCGCAAUGGAUGGUAGGGCGCUCUGGAAGUACAACGAACUAGGGCAACUGUACAAUCCCAUUAAGAAUAAAUGCAUGGUUUUGAAGGACAACAUCGAUUUGGAUGGGGGAGUUGUAGUGGCGGAAGACUGCGAACAGUCGUAUAAGUAUGAUGACGGGCGCAGCAUCUGGGAAUUGCAGCCGAACAAUCAGCUUAAGCUCCUCAAGGGCGGGAACUUCUGCCUGUCGCAACAGGGCUCUAAAGCAGGAAUGGCAAACGUCGCUAAAAACAAGCCAGUCAAAGCGAGCCACCCGCGUCCAGGCGAUAGUAGCCACUCUCCGAGCCUUUCAGUCGACGGGCAUUCGGAAACUUACUGGGCCUCUCAGAAUUUCCCUAUGAGCGCGGUCCCAAGCGCGGUAUUCCUCGACAUCGAUCUGGGUGAAAAAUACAAACUGAACACGGCGGCCAUCGACUGGGAGUACCCUGCAAUGAGCUACUCAAUCAGCAGCAGCGAAGAUGGCAAAGCGUUCGGAGUGCUCGCUCGCAAUAGUGCAAACAGUUUAUACAGCACAAUGGAUGAUCUGAAGAGUUCGGUGGGACGCUACAUUCGCCUCACUCUAGAAAAGCCUCAUCCAGUAAACGCAUAUAGUUCGCUGUCUGAUCAAUUAGCGCACUUAGACGACUCCCUUCGGGCUGCCGCUAAACUGUUCGGCCCUGAAAGUACAUCGAGUUUGACCCCGGGGUACUCUGAAGCUUCACCUGUCAAAGACUGCUACACGCUCAAAAAUGUCAUGCCUCAAAUGAUAUCGGGCUUCUACUAUCUGGCGCCGACUUGUGCUCCGAAAGUCUUGCGGGCUUAUUGCGACAGCGAGUAUGGAGGUACUUAUUUCGUACCGCCAGCAUACGGCCUGCAGCCGAUUCAUCUACACAGCGCAAACCAGCUGUGGUCCCUCCAUCGAUUGCUGAAAUUGAUGGGAGUCGACCUGAACAACCCGGUCCCACUUGGAAUCAGCAAUGGAGGAGAAUCCUAUUACUCUCUCGAUCUGAAGAAGGAUGUAUGGCAUGCUGAAUCCCGCGCAGGGGAGGCUCAGGGGCGUAACACUGUCGGAAUCGGGAGCGAAGGACUAGUUUUCUUUGACUCGUCUGAAGUUGAAAUGGCUGCGAUUAUAUGCUCGACGAACCAGGACGUGCUUACCCCGCCGCCGGCAUACAUAGACGUAUCCUGUGCCACCGCCCCAGGCGGGAACUCUGCCUUCGAUGGCCCCCCAGGCACUACCGUGACAGUGAAAUGCCCACAGAACUGUCUUUUCACUGGAACACAAGCAGCCAUUCGUCAACUGGAGGCAUUGGCCAACGCCAGGAUUGGAUCCAUCAGCCCCAGUGUCAUUGAGAGUAUCGAAGAGCAAGCCAGCAAGGUCAUAUCUAAUGCAAGGGGAAUAUUGAAACCUGCCGGAGUAUUGGAGGCGGAGCUCAGAGCGCGGGCAGCAGAGCUGCUGAGCAAGACGACUCUGCUCACUGAGCGACUGAGGGGCAUUGCUGGAAGGGUUGCAUCCACCCUCGAGCGCACAAACCGACAGUUGCAACAGGCGAUAGCUACGCGUGCAAGCCAGACUCAAGCGGACAGUUGGGCUCUUACGUCCUUCAAUCCAUCCGAAUUUUAUGACGUGUUUAAUGUCCAUAAUUCUAAGACAGCAAUAGGAGCCGGUAACUGGGUUGUGGGAGGAGCACCGGCGGGCGGUCGAGGAGGUCGGAACAUACUGAGCCAGACAGCAGUGGUAGCUCCGGCAAACCCUGCCAUCGCCGCCGUCGGUGCAUACGCAUCACUCAGGAACAAAAGAUUCUUCGACGUUAUCUUUACCACCGAUGUGUACAUUACCGGUUCCGGCUCAAUUGGCAUCGCAUUCCGAAUGAAAGAUUUCGGGAACAUGUUCCUUUUCGAAAUGCACCAGACCAAUGGAGGCUUCAAAAGGCUUUUGCGCAUUGCCGAUGGAACGCCAAUCGAAGUGGCUCGAGUGGAUGAUGGCGGUUAUUUGGAAGGGAAAUGGUACACUGUGCGGAUUGAAAUGAGAGAGGCGCGCUUACGUAUCAGCGUGGUGGAAGAGUCGGCCGUGCCCAUGGUUGUUGAGCCAGAGCCAAUAAUUGACCUGAUAGAUGGUUAUUUCAUGUCAGGUUCGAUUGGCUUCUUCAGCAGCGGAGUCGAUGGCGCCUACUUCGACAUGGUGCGAGUCGACGCACUUCCAUGCGUACUGAGGACGGAACCCCUUCCCCCAAAACCGGCUACGUGUAGCAACUACAAAGAGUCGUUCGUCGGUAGUGUGCGGAAAAACUGGAGUGUUUCGGAAAACGACACCGAAGGUGGACCGGCGCGCUGGGAGUACCGUACGAAUGUGGGUGGAGAAGCGAAAGUACUUGCGCAAAUGUCAAGCGUCCGAGGCCGAGAGGAACACACGCCGUCCAUAGCUGUCCUCGGCGGGAACCGAGGUUGCGAAAGUGGGACCUUUUCAUUCAAGGUUCUUCCGCAGUGCGAGAAUGGUAUUGUGGGAGCUGUGUUCAAGUACAAGGACCCCCACAGUUAUAUGCUGUUCGAAAUGGGGCCAUCGUUUGCCAGAUUACGAAAGAGGACAGAUGGCUCGUUCACAACCAGCGCAAAGUCCUUCCUUGCUGGCUAUAGGAUUGGGAGAUGGAACAGCAUUUCGAUCACGUUCAGCGGAGGCAAUGUGGUAGUAAACGAUGGCCGAGGGGGGUCCCCAAUCCCUGUCUUCAGUAUUCUUGCAAGAGAGAGUUGGGAAGGUGGCGCGGUUGGCUUCGCUACUUGGAACUGCGGAGGUGUCGCCUUUGCUGAUAUAUCGUUGCAUCCAAUGCAGGAGAGUCAUCUGAUCUCUAAUCCCUUCGGUUCAUCGGCUAUCAAUUUCGUGGAGGUUGACACUGAGGCAGACGCUGGUAUGCAAAUCUGUCUGAGUCGCAAACAUGCUCUUGAAAGGAUGGAGUUUUGUGACAACCUGCGGCCAAAGCUAGAAACUACGGCGGAGAAGUGCAGAACAAACUUCUGCGACGUUUGUUGCGAACAGGAGCUACCCGUGUCUGCAAAAGCACGGAACACGUGCAAAAAGCAGUGUCAUAAGAGCGACGCAGAAUCGACUCCUGCAUUGGAGGCUCUGGAAGCAACUAAGACAGGGUGUUCGAUAGAGCCAUCGAAGUCGAUAUACCGUGUUUGUGAGGGAGAACGCGAUGUAUGGAGCUGCCAGCAGGAAAUCUGUGAGAUGUGCUGUGAAACAGCCAAAACACCGUCCGGCGAAUCGCAUCGAGCCAGGAAAUUGUUUGCGCUCGAGUGCAAGAAGUCGUGCGCUCUCUCCGUACCUGUUGCCCAGCAAGAGAUGUAG